GACCACACAUCCUCCAGUGAUACCGCGCCGCCGCCUCCGCCGCCGCCGUCGCCGCCGCCGCACUGCAACGGCCGGCCAGCAUGACGCUGCACGGCCUCCUGGCGCUGCUCGUCACCACCGCGCUCGGCGGCACCUUUGGUCAAGCGACUGUGCGCCUCGGACAGCAGGAUGUGACGCGCUGCACGUUUCCAACGCGGCGGGACAGUCUGGCCAGCCUUCGAGUCGGCACCAGCAUCAGCGCCACCUGCGUGCCUGCCUGCAUUCGACGGUCAUUGGAGGACGCAGCAUCCCAAGGUUCAGCGAACGGUCCAGGCAGCGUCUUCGGCACCACCGUCUAUAGCCUGGACUCGGACCUCUGUCUGGCCGCCGUGCACGAUGCCCGCCUGCCCCAGUCGAACGCACUGCGUGACCCGACCGAAGUCAUCAUGACCGUCGUCCAUCACGACAAGCCACUUGUGGGCAGCUUCCGGAGAGGCGUACAAACCAGCCAUUCGGACUACGAACAGAAGGCGAUGCGGUUCGUGAGUGGGAGGGUGAAAGAGGAUGUGCCUGACGUGACCACCGUCCACACCCACUUUCGGUCCGCCGACAUGAGAACGUACCUGGAAUGUCAUGUCGGAGCAGAAGAAGACUUGCUGCGUGUUCGGAUCUACGACACCAACGGAGAAUCCUCACAGCUUUUCAAUGCCAAUCGGAAAUAUGACCGCGGGUACUACAUGGGCACGAGCUCGGUUCGCCAGAAUUCCAACUUUCCCCAAGCCAAGCUUUGCCGGCUGGACAGCUCUGCUUACUCGGACACCGCGUCCUUUGAGUUCCAUGAUGCUGUGUAUUUCGAACCGAGCAGGAAGAUCUACCGUGCAAAUGUCGGCGAAUCUGUGCGGAUGCGUUCGGUGCCCGAAAGGAAUGCCUUUGGCAAUCCGUAUAGCGGUACAACAUGGCUUCACAAUAGGCAGCCGGUCUUGCUAUCACCAAGCCCUGUAUUGGAUAAACCUGACGUGCAAGUGUCUGAUGCCGGCGUGUACUGGCUGGCUUAUCUAACCUACCGCAUCUACCUAUCUGCAACUCGACUCAUUGUGAGAGGUUGUCCGGCCAACUUCUUCGGUGACCAGUGCGACAAGAGAUGCCCCCACUGUCUGCAUGGCGGCCAGUGCCACGAUGUGACCGGCCAGUGCGUCUGCCCUCCAGGUUUCACCGGACCAAGAUGCGAAACAGGUUGUGGCAGGGCACAUUUCGGUCGCACAUGCUUGUCGUCCUGCCAUAGCAACAGCUGCAGGAGGCGUCUCCUCUGCGUGCCAGACCCGUACGGCUGCUCCUGUGCACCAGGCUGGAGCGGGACCUUCUGCCACAGAGGCUGUACACGAGAACGGUAUGGCCCGGACUGUGAGUUCUCGUGCGGCAAGUGCAAAUUCGGGUCAUGCGACAGGUUCACGGGACAAUGUGACGACGGAUGCGCUGACAGCAACGACCUGCCUCCUCUUUGUCAACAAUUGUUUCCGUGGUUCCGUGACCCGCCCCAGCUGGUGGAGGUGGGCUAUAAUCGCCUGGUCAUCACCCACGCGCCGUGGAGUUCAGAGUAUGACAACGGCUUCGGCCACGGCCCGUACCGCUACGCGGCCGAGUACCGGCGAGCAGACACCGGCGGCAGCUGGGUGUCGUCACGGGAUGGUCCUGUCGUCGGCGGCCGUGAUCCCGACGGACCCCAAACUAUUCGCUUCGAAAUCCGAAACUUAGAAGCAAGCACAAAGUAUUUCGCCAGAAUCAUCAUCACUGAUACCACCCUGGGACGUUCGGCAACUAACGAAUCGAAAGUUCCAUACGUCCCCGCUACCACAGACUGUGCUGAACCGGGAGAAGCUAGCGACAUUCUUAUUGUCGACCUGACGGCCGUGUCCGUCUCCGUCGUCGUCCAGUCGAUCGCGAAUGACGAGACAGCCUGCCCGUACCGGUUGAACGUCACGCUCCAAUCGGCAUCGCAGAGUGCGGCAGUCCCAGUCCAUCAACUUGUCGAGCCAGGCGGGCGCGCGGAGUUCAACAACCUCACUCCGUACUCACGUUACACCGUGCAGGUGGUGGCGGCGAAUCGGAAAGGUGCAGGUGCCGUGUCAACGAAGACUUUCCAGACCAAUGAAACAGCUCCUUCGCGGGUGACGAAGUUGGAGACCCAGCUGUCAGACCGAGGAGUGCUGAGAAUAACCUGGGGUGUUCCACGGCAACAAAAUGGCGUCAUCCGAGAUUACCGGGUCGUGGUUCAGCACCGGCGAUAUUUCGCAUGCCAGCCACCAAGAGCUGAUUUUAAGGAUGCUGUGGACGAGCUCACGCGGACCCGCGCUCAUGUGGUCCACCUGAAACACGCAUUCUCCGAGUACUCAAUCAGCGUCGCGGCAGUCACCGUCGAAGAAGGCCUGAAGACAGCAGAAACCGUCCAAACUGCUCGGAAGCCACCGUCGGCCCCUGUCAGGGACUUCGCCACGACCGUGGGACCGACUUACAUCCAGCUGACCUGGGCAUGGCCGUCGUGUGACGCCUGGGGAGACGAGCGAUCCACUCUAAGGCUGAGUGUGGAUACGGAUGGAAAGAGCAGCUGGAAUCAGGCGUUUAAGCAGACAGAUGCCUUCGACUCCCCAACAGCAGCAAGAAUAGAACGCCUCAUUCCAUAUUCGAACUACACGCUGAAAGCGAUCUUUGUCAACGGCGUUGGCUCUCACCCGCAAGUUGAUACUAAGGACGUGCUCACGCAGGAAGCAGCUCCCGGCGCACCAGCAAACUUAACUGUUCUGAGCGUGUCUCCGGAGGCUCUCAUCAUUGGCUGGGAGCCUCCGCGGCCACCGUUCAGUCGCAUCACCGGCUACCGAGUCAGCCACAGUCAGCGCUACAGGUUGGCCACUACAGAAGAUUACGCGCCUGCGAACGCGUGCCCCAGCGACAGCACGGCUGCUUCCGCCUGUAGGGCAGAGGUGGCUGGGCUUCAGAUAAACACACUGUACACCAUCACGGUGUAUGCGCUCAGAGACAGGCAACUCGGGCAGGGUGUGACCAUCGAAGCCAGGACGCGGGAAGGGGUGCCUGGGCCACCGGAACAGCUGGAGAUGACGGAACGCACCACGACGACGCUCGGCGUCGCCUGGCGGGAGCCGACCAAAAGAAACGGACGUCUUCUGGCCUUCCAGCUCAACGUGACGCUCGCGCCCGGCCACGCCCGUCGCCGCCGGCGGGAAUCUCCCUUCUUUCUCAGCAUCGAUGUACCGGCACGGCGUGAAGGGAGCCGGGUGGGAGAGCGGGACCCAUACCAGUGGGAGGUGACCGACCUGCGUGCCGGCCGCACCUACCGCGUGGCCGUGGCGGCCAACACGUCGGCCGGGUUCGGCGAGGCGCGCGCUGCCCUGAUGGCCACGCAGGUGGCGCCGCCCGGCAUCGCCGAGCCGCCCCGCGUGCGGACCGGCCGCAGCACAGCCACCACCGUGGAGCUGGCGCUGCCGACGGCCGACGACACCGGCGGGCCCGUGUCCACCUACUUCGUGGUCGUGUCGACGGACCCGGCCUUCAAUGGCUCGCUGCUGUCGCCGCAGCUACUGCCGAACGUGGACGAUGACAGCAGCGACGACCUCAGCUUCUACGUGGCUGCGGCCCUGACAAAGGAACGUGUGAAUCGCGACAGCACGUUCAUUGUGGGCGAUGGCCUAUACUACAACAGCUCGGAGAGGCACUACCACAACCGACCACUGACUGCCGGCACCAGCUACCGGAUGGGGGUGGCCGUGCUGUCUCGCUUGUCGGAUGACAACCAGGAGCUGGCUUUCCGACUGGUGGACGACGCUGUCACCGUCGCCGAGCCGAGCGACGCCGGGCUGGUGGCUGGAGUGAUCAUUGCCCUGAUUCUUCUGUCGCUUCUUGCAGUAGUCGGCGUCAUUGUCUACCGGAGGCGGAACAAACAGCACGCGCUGCCCGAGGAUCAGCAACAAAAUGCAGUGAGAAUGCCCCUCGAGCCAGUGCUUAACGGGACGUAUGAAGGGCAGGGAGAAGUACUUGACACUGAUGAUGUCGAGGAGGUCGUCUACGAAAAUCUCCAGCCCGGUCAGAUAAACCUCACUCGAAUAGAAGUCAAGAAUUUGCCGCAGCUAGCCAGAAGUGGCGACGAGUCGGGUGUCUUCAAGGCUCAGAUGAAAAGCCUGCCCCGAGGCCUGGUCAGCCCCUACGAGUGCGGUCGACAGACUGUAAACAGGGGCAAGAAUAGAUAUGUAAAUAUGAUCGCCUACGACGAGUCGCGAGUUGUUCUUGAGAAGUUAGAAGGCGAUGAGCAUUCCGACUACAUCAAUGCGAAUUACGUCGACGGCUAUAAGCGUCCUCGAGCGUACAUCGCCACCCAAGGGCCGCGGAAGGAGACCGUGUUCGACUUCUGGAGAAUGAUAUGGCAGGACAAGGUGCGGAGAAUCGUCAUGCUGACCAACCUGGUGGAAGACGGCAAGCGAAAAUGUGAUUUGUACUGGCCCGAAAGCGAACCUCUGCAGCUGCCUGCCAUGACCAUCCGGAGGGAGAGCGAAACCAUUUUCGCGAGCUACUGCAUCCGAACAUUUUCGGUUGCGGUUGGCAAUAACACGAGAACGGUAACCCAGCUGCACUACACCGCCUGGCCGGACCACAGCGUACCAAUGUACCCCGACUCGCUGGCUAAGUUCGUGCGGGCGAUGGACGGCGUAUCCGAUGGUCAGGCACCCACCGUGGUACAUUGCAGCGCCGGCGUCGGUCGCACCGGCACCGUGAUCCUGAUCGACGCCAUGCACCAGAUGGGCCGCCGCGAGCAGGCCGUCGACGUGUGUUCGCACCUGGCCGUGAUGCGUCGACAGCGCGCCAACCUGUGCGCCAACUGUCAGCAGUACGAGCUGGUGCACCAGGUGCUAGUGCAGCUGCUGGCCGCGCCGGACUCGGCGGUGCCGGCCGCCCAGCUGGUGGAACGGCUGGUGGAGCUCAGGUCGCGAACCGACGGUGGUCCCAGCGGCCUGCAGCGUCAGCUUCGCUUCCUGGACGACACCAGACCGACGGCCACCUACGCCAUGGCGCAGGCGGAGCGGCUGGACGGCAAGAACAGGACGCCGGACGUGCUGCCAGCGGACCGCAGUCGCGUGUUCCUGGACCCAUCGAUGCCCGACAACUACGUCAACGCUGUUUACGUGUCUGGCUUCAAGAAGGAAGACGCAUUCAUUGCAACAGAGGCACCCCUGCCUGGAAGAGCCGUCAUCUUCUGGCAGAUGGUGGUCCAGAAACGCUCCAAGACAAUUGUGGUCAUGAAUGAUCUGACCGAAAAGGAUGUGUUUUGGCCCAGCCCUGGAGAGACACGGAUCUACCGCGACCUGGUGGUUGAGAGCGAGGCUGUAUCUGAGACCGGGCUGGUGGUCACCGUCAACAUCGAGCUGAAGCAUUUUGAGGGCGGCAAGGUGGCCGCGAAGCAGAGCGUGCAGCUGCUGCUGCUGGCAGGCGGCAACGGUACGGUCUCGGCCGACCACCUGGUCCAGCUGCACGACGCCUUCGCACGCAUAGCGGCUAAACAUGCUGCCGGCCCCACCGUGGUCGUCUGCAGGAACGGCGUCAGCGGCUGCGGACUUUUCGUGACUGUUUGCUUCGUACUUGACCACCUGAGCGAAGAGCAAGAGGUGGAUGUUGUGAUGGCCGUUUCUGCCGUCCGAAAGAGCCGGCCCCAGUUCAUAACUGACCUGCACCAAUUCGAGCUUUGCCACGACGUGGCGCUGCAGUGGCUCGAGGCGUUCGCGACGUAUGCCAACUUCAAGUGAUGCCAGCCGGCAAGAUUACCAAACGGGCACUGGCGUUCCCACCAGUGAUGUUGGACUCUUCCAAAGUGCAAGGAGCGGAGAGAACGCGCUCUCGCGUAGCUUGCGCCACCACAGCAGUCGUACCAGAAGGCCGUGCUGUGGUGUUAUGUGAUAUCAGACCAGUCUUUGCCGCCAAGUUUUGAGUGUAGGGGGCAUGAUUGGCCGACCAGGAGGUGGAGGCGCUUCAGCAUAUGCAUAGGACCAUUUCAUAGUUGGGCCUUCUGGAACAAUCCGGCUCCCGCGAGCUUUUCUGUUGCAACUUUACUCGAGCAGGAUGUGCGACGUCUAAUGUGCGGAUGUGCGGAUGUGCGGGUGCACAUUUCCAGAUGGUAUCUUAAGGUGGCAUUCUGUUACGUCAUGCUUGCGCCGCCCACUGAGCUCAUGCACGCUCAGAAGUCGUGAAGUGACUGUAAAGUCGCAUGUAUAUAUUACGCGUGCUAAGGGGCUUGAACGAUGCCGUGGAAUUUGCCGACAUUCUGUUUGAGUGUUCCCUAGUUUGAGUGACCAAAUAUUUUGGUGUUCGUCCUGUUUAGCCCCGCUUCGACUGUCCGCUAACCAAGUCACGAGCUCGUUCCGCGAUUGACGCAAGGAGUGAUCACUGUUCGAUCGGACAGUCUCAUGCGUGUGGAUCAGUAAUACCGUAGGCCAAAGCGCAUGCGCGCGCCCCAGAGUAAUUUUGCUCUUCGAUGAACGCCGGUUGUGGCUCCAAUCCGCGUGCUCAGCAUAUCUUAGAAGAGCUUUUGUGUGACACUGUUGGCGUUGUCGUCUAGGAAGCCUGCUUAUGAGAAUAGAUAAUACAAAUAUUAC